CUCUGGCUCGUCCGUCCGGUGCGUAUCUGCGGGCGACCGCGCUUCUCGCGUCGUCCUGCCUCGCUGCCUCGCACCCCCUCCUCGCCUUCCGCUCUGGUAUUGCUGGCGUUACUAUGGUGCCUGCGCGGACAGUCCCAAGUGGCCGUGUUAUUGCCUGCGAAAUCGCACAUCGCUUCCGCGACACUACCACCGUCGCACAUCGCACGCGCGCCAUCACCACCGUCGCACACGUCGCCGCCGAAGCCUCUGGGGCUCCUCGCGAAACAAGCACCUCCCCUCCUUCGUCGCACAAAUUUUCGCCCGAGGUGCAUCACAUCGCCAGCGUUUCGCAAUCCCCGGUUCCACCGUCGCUGGUAACUCCUGCGAGUACGCUCGCGAACAGCAGCAGCAGCAGCAUCGCGACGUCGUCGCUCGUGGCGGGCGCUCUGGGCUCCGCCGCUUAUCUCGCUCUGCGGAACGCCUUAUCACCGUCCGCAAUCCGCCCAGUCAUGGUUCCGCUGGACCCUCCCAGCGGAAUCGUGCCGCGCGCUACCAGUGCGGCACCAGAAGCUCUGGCAACAAUGGCCGCCACCUUCCCCCGAGCUGUGCAGGAGGAGGCGUUUCUGAGGGCGGUGGCUACUGAGCUGAGCAAGCUGGGCUUUAAGAGGACCAAUAGCAUCGCUCUGGUGAAUACAUGUCGAGACGAGGUGUGCCGCCCGGUGGUGAGCCUGAUCGACCGGCAAUUCGGACUCUCCUUCAACCUGUCGGGCCUGGGAGGGCUGGUGAACUGCGGAAAGACAGGCUUUAAGGCCGCCAUGUCGCACUCUCCGGAGUUCAGGGAGCCGGAUGGAACAUUGCGCGAGAGAUAUAUUUUUUUCGCCUUCCCGCACGUGUCCAUUGGCGAGUCAGGAGAGGUGGGCUCCUUGCUGCGGCGAGGCAGGGGGCGGCCAUCAAGUGCGUGUGGAGCAUUGAUUGCCAUUCAAAGUGACUUAAAUGAGGCCAAGGGGACGCUGGAGGACCCGUUUGACGAAGAGUAUGUGCUGCUCAAGAAGAAGGUCGCUAGCAAGGUGGCCAAUGGUGACCCACCUUUGUCACUUGUACAAGUAACCCGGGCGGCACUAGCUGCUAUUAACGAGGACCUGGAGAAGCUUAUAUCGCUUACAGUGGAUCCUGCUACCGCUGACUAUGCUGUCAUUACAGGUGUCCAGAUACACUCUGGAAAUCAGGUCCCAGGGGAGCCAAAGCAGCUGCAGUAUAGGCUGACCUCGCCCGAGGGGAAUCAGUUGCACUAUGGGGAGCGGCAGACAGAGGGGCACUUUGGAUUCCGAGCAACGAAAGCAGGCGAUCACACGCUGUGUGUGUGGCUGUCCAGGGGCACGGAGAGAGAUGUGCCGGCAACAGGGAGCGCGCGUGCAGGGCGCAGCAAGGGGAGGGAGAAGAGGAAGGUGGAAGUGGCAUGGCGUGUGGGGAAAUCAAAAGACGCCCACCUCUCAGAAGCACCCAGGAAGGAGCAGGUCGAGAAUUUUGACUCGGAGCUCCUAACUCUGGAGGGCAUGGCUGCCUAUGUGGCGGACGAGCUUGAGUUCUUCCACGAGAGGUGA